CUCACUGAUUCUGAAUUCUGGGAAGAGGAACUGAGAAAACUAACUCAGAUGUUUCUUGGAAAUGGAUAUCAAGAAGAAGUAAUACAACGCAACAUCCGGACGGUGAUGAACAGUUGGAAAGAAGGAGCUUAUGAAAGGAAAGCAAGAGGAACUGAGGAAAAACGACAGAUUUGUCUACCCUCCUGCGAAAUGGCUCGAAAGCUACGGCCAAUAUUUGAGAAAUGGAACAUUGGUACAAUCCAGCUUGCCGACGCAACAUAA